GCCUGUUUCGAAGAAGCCCCGUUUGUCCAUGGAGAUCGGAAUCUUCGGGGGGGAGGAGGAAUACAAAUAAUAGCAGAGCCGCUACUUAUUACUGCAACAGCCACAGCCCACAACUUCCUCAAAGAGCUUUUCCCCGGGUCUCUCUUUUUCCAGGCUGCUUUCUGCAAACGUUGCAAGCCUCCGAGGAGGGGGCGUGGCGGAGACUGGUUCUGACAGCCAAUAGGGGCCCUUCGUUCCCUGUCGACGUCACAAUCCCUAGAACCUGCAGCAGCAACAAUAACAAUAACAGACGAGCUCGUUCUCUCCGGAGGCGAUCAGCUGGGUUCGUGGCCGGAGCCCACAGCAGGACCAGCCAGCCAGGGCAGCUGCUACUGUCAGCAGCGUCAGGGAAGGAGGGAACAAGAGCAGCAGCAACAGCAGCAGCAGCAAACCCAGACAACUCAACAGGGAUUCAAAAAUAGAAACGCUGCUUCCCAGAAGCAAUGUCAUCGAGCGAGGCACCAGGGGUGCAAGAGGAAAAUUUGCAGGUAGGUUCCUGGGUGGAAUUGCACUUCAGCAGUAAUGGGAACGGUAAUAGUGCCCUGUCAGCAAGCCAGGAACAAGCUCCAGCUUCCGUUUCCAUUUACAACGGUGAUAUGGAGAAGAUUCUUCUAGAUGCCCAGCAUGAGUCUGGAAGAAGCAGUUCACGAGAGAGCUCGCACUGUGACAGCCCUCCUCGGUCCCAAACGCCUCAGGACAUUCACAGAGCUGCUGAAGUGGAGAGCCGUAGCAGUGGAGAAAAGAAUAGCUCUCAGUCUGAAGAAGAUUUUCUUGAAAGAAGGAAAGAAGUUGAGCGGCUUUUGAAGAAAAAUUCAGAUUGGAUGUGGGAUUGGUCCAGCAGGCCUGAGAACAUUCCACCCAAGGAAUUUCUGUUUAAGCACCCUAAGCGCACAGCUACCCUCAGCAUGAGAAACACCAGCGUGAUGAAGAAAGGGGGCAUCUUCUCUGCCGAAUUUUUGAAGGUCUUCCUACCAUCUCUGCUACUUUCCCACCUGCUUGCCAUUGGACUAGGGAUUUAUAUCGGAAGACGGUUGACGACCACAGCUUCCAGCAGUUCCUUGUAAGAGUGGGAAUGAAUCUGUCUUUCUUACGAAACCGUGACAACAUGCAAAAUGGUGACCAGAAGGAACUCCUGAGUGUGGAACAGUGACAUGGUUAUGUGCGUUUUGUUCUCUCAAUGUUGUGCUCCUAUUUCUAGUCUAAAGGAGAAGGACGAAAACCAAAGCCAAACAGUUCCUAUAUGUAAUCCCCUUUUUGCUCAGUUCAACAUAGGCAUAGUUUAGUUGAAGGGGAGGUAUCUUUUCUUUUUUAAAAAAUGAACGGGUGGACAAAAAAUGCAAUGUCUGUAGUGAAGGUUAUGUAGCAAGGAAUUAAUCUGUAUGUUCCUUUUGAUUUUGUGAAGAUAUCGAUUGGAAUUGCUCUUGGUACCACUUUAUGGAGGCUCAAGGGCAUUGUGGCCUUACAUUUCUGAAGACUGAUGUCUUUUUACUCAAUGUGAAGUGACUUCGUAAUUUACUUUAAGAUUUAACCGUGAAUCCUAAAUACAGUUUUGUGUGUUUUAGUAUGGGUUCUUCCCUGUAUGUUUUUCAGUGAAUGUUUAUACGCCAUGCAACUCUCCAUAGCGGUGUAAAUAAGCAUGACUUUAUUUCAGCAUUAGUAUGAGCUGUCUGUGCUAAAGAUUACCCAAAUUUUCCUCAAAUUCAGAUAAAAAUUGUAUGCAGCUAGAAAACGUUCCCAAAGGAUAGCCAUGACAAAUCAGGUCAAAAGCCCAUUGAAUCAAGACUUUUGUAUCACAAGCUCCUAAGUGGGGCAAGAUGGCAAUUGCCAUCCCAUUUUUCCUCACAGUUGGUAAACAAAGGUUUCUUGCCUCUGAAUGUGGAGCUUGUUACUAGUUCUCAUGACCCAAUAGUCACUGAUGGCAGAUAGGUAUAUCUUUUUAGUCAUGUAAAUACUAUCGACCAGCAUAGUUUUUAGCUGCUCACCAUAAAUAACUAGGAAUUUCACCCAGGUAAGUGAGAGGGCUGCUGGAAGAGGGAUGGGGUGCCUUCCUUUGGCACCCCACUAACCCACUCCAUGCUGGGCAUGGAGGAAGGGAAAUCCUGUACUCCUUGCCCAGCAGAGAACGAAGCGUGCUGGUGUCCGAGGCAAGGAGUGUACUAUAUCCCUCCUCUUAACAGCCCACUGCAUUUCCAUACGGAUUGCUCAGGAAGUGAACUUCACUCCUGUACCUCCACCAUAGAAAUCAAGAUGGCGGAGGAAAGGAGUGCUUCUUCCUCGCCUACCCCCAACAGCCUGCUGCAUUUCUCUACUAGAGCCUCAGCAGACAAAACUCCUACGGGUCUAGCAUAGAAACACAGUAGGCCUAGGGGCAGAGAAUCCAUGCCUCCACUGGCAUGGUGGACACACAGGACCUGGGGAGUGCUUGUUUCUAGCCUGGAAAAUGUUUUACACUUAUGCUUUUUUACUCGCAAGAAGAGGUAGGUUUUGGUAACAAGCCAAUUUUAACUAUCCUGCCCUCCCCAAAAAACCCGAAAUGAAAUUUUGCACAAGGGCAAGCUUCUUCUGAAUCAAACAGACCAACAAACCACCUCCCAUCCUACAUUUUUAGUAACCCAGAAUCUGAGAUUUUCUUGUAAGUAAAUAAUAGAAUUCAGUGGGACUUUUUCCUUAAGUUUUAUAUAGGGUUACAGCCUUAAUUUUAGAUUGGAGAACAGUAAAGAAUGUAAUUAUCGCAGCAUCUUUUCUUCUUGCCAUUUAAAUAAAAGUUUUUCUCUGUGUUGUAUAU